AUGUCGUACUAUUCUAGUGGAAGAGGCGGAAGUGAUGGCUAUGGUGGAGGCCGUGGAGGUGGCUAUGGUGGAGGAGGCGGAGGCGGCUAUGGUGGCAGUAGCGGAGGCUAUGGAGGUGGUGGUGGUGGCUAUAGUGGCGGAGGAGGAGGUUUUGGGGGUGGUUCAAACCUUGGUGCUAGUCUAUCAAAUGUUGAUUUCAGUAAACAUGACUUGGUUGCUUUCGAGAAGAAUUUCUACCUCGAACACCCUGAUGUCGCAAAGAAGUCCUCUGCGGAAGCUGACGCAUGGCGUGCUUCCAAACAGAUUGUUGUCCACGGAGACGAUAUUCCGAAACCUGUAAUGACAUUUGAAGAAGCUAGUAUGCCAGAAUAUAUUUUGACUGAAGUAUUGAAAUGUGGCUUCGAGAAGCCCACUCCAAUUCAGUCACAAGGAUGGCCAAUGGCACUGAAAGGUCGCAACAUGGUUGGUGUAUCGGCCACUGGGUCUGGAAAAACACUAGCUUUUCUGCUUCCAGCGAUGAUUCAUAUCAAUGCACAGCCUUAUCUCAAACCUGGAGAAGGGCCAAUUGUACUGGUUUUGGCACCUACCCGAGAAUUGGCUGUGCAAAUCAAAGAAGAAUGCGACAAAUUUGGAGCUUCGUCGGAAAUCAAAAACACUGUUGUUUAUGGCGGGGUCCCAAAGCAUAAGCAAGUUCGUACUCUGCGUGAAGGUAUUGAGAUUGUGAUUGCGACUCCUGGUCGAUUGAUUGAUCACCUGGAGCAGGGAAACACAAAUUUGAGACGUGUCACCUAUUUGGUUCUUGAUGAAGCCGACCGCAUGCUUGACAUGGGUUUCGAACCUCAGUUGAGGAAAAUUGUGUCGCAGAUUCGCCCAGAUCGUCAAGUUCUCAUGUGGAGUGCCACUUGGCCCAAGGAAGUCCAGAAUCUUGCCCGUGAUUAUUUGAACGAUUACUAUCAGGUGACUGUUGGAUCUCUAGACCUAUCGGGAAAUAAAGACGUGACUCAAACAAUUGAGGGUUGCGAUAUGUUGACAAGAUCCUUGAGAAUGGACGGCUUUCAGGCCCGCGCAAUGCAUGGUGACAAGAGUCAAGAAGAACGUGAUUGGGCAUUGCGUGAAUUCAAGUCCUGUCAGAGUUCACUACUUGUUGCUACUGAUGUGGCAGCAAGAGGUCUCGAUGUAGACGAUAUCCGAAUGGUAGUCAAUUUUGAUUUCCCAAACGAUAUGGAAUCUUACAUCCAUCGUAUCGGUCGUACUGGACGAGCUGGCAGAAAAGGUGAUGCAGUUUCGUUUUUCGUUUCUGAGAAAAAUGGGCGUUUGGCAAAAUCGCUUUUAGAAAUUUUGAAUCGCACAACCCAGAACAUUCCCUCUGAGCUCCAAGCUCUAGCAGCUUUUGCGGCGCCGAAGAAAGGCAGGGGUGGUCGAGGUGGAUAUGGCGGCCGAGGUGGACGUUACUAA